UGCUUUCGUUUUGUUUUGCAGUAGACCUUUCCAUCGUGUCUUCGCUGUAAGAUUUACAGGUUGGUAUAAUAAUUUGUGGAAUGGUGAUAACUGUUUAAUGAUUAACAAGAGCUUUUGAGUGAUGUAUAUCUUAAUAGAAAUUUGCACAGUUAUGGUCAUUUGAAUAUUAUUAUUCUGGCUGCUCAUAUGUAAAGGAGAGAGGACAUGAGUCUCCGUAAGGAAGUCCUCAGACUUUACAGAAGGAUUUUCCGUUUGUCCAGAACCUGGCAGUCUGCUACAGGAGACAUCAAGGAAACAGCUGCAGAAAAACAGUACAUAAAAGACGAAGCUCGAACACUGUUUAGGAAGAAUCAAAAUCUCACAGAUGAAAAAGAAAUACAAGAGCACAUAAAGGAAGCAGUUACAAGAAUAGAAAUGGCUUUGCAUUAUGGGACACCAUAUCCAAGACAUGUCAACUUUCCUCAGCAUGUGUUGGCACCAUUGAGCUCAAAAUUAAAGAAAGCUCAAAAGAGACAGAUCAAAGAAUCUAUACCACUUUACUGGAAAUCUUAUGAAGACUCAACAAAGUGAAAUUU